AAGCGUCCGAAAAGUAAUACGGUGUAAAAAAACUCGGUAAUACAAAGUCAUCCUAGAAAUCUCCCUGGGUCUCACUCUGUUCAACGGUUGGCAAUCGGUCAGCCCCAUUUCUCGAUCACCGGCUGCCCUAAUCAAUUAAAUUCCCCAAUUUCUCCCUCAAUAAACUCUAUUCAAAUUUUCAAAUCCCUAACUUUGAUCCGAUUUCCUAUAUUUCUCUCCAUCUCUUUCUCUCUCCUCCAUUGGAAGAAAUCGAGAAAAUUCAAUCAUGUCGAUGGAUUCAGACAGCUCCUCGCACGCCGGCGAUCACAAGUACUUUAAGCAAAUUACGCGUGAUCGGUUGCUUCAUGAGAUGCUUGAAUCAACAAAGAAGGGGGACUCUCGGUCAACUUGGAAGGUUCUCAUCAUGGACAGAUUUACGGUUAAGAUAAUGUCCUGUGCUUGCAAAAUGGCAGACAUCACGGAAGCAGGAGUCUCAUUGGUGGAAGACAUAUAUAAAAGAAGGCAACCGUUACCCACCAUGGAUGCUAUAUACUUUAUCCAGCCAUCUAAGGAAAAUGUUAUCAUGUUUAUGUCCGAUAUGGCUGGAAAAAAGCCUUUAUACAAGAAAGCUUUUGUUUUCUUCAGUUCACCUAUUACUAGAGAACUUGUUGGUCAUAUCAAGAAGGAUGCUACAGUUUUGCCUCGGAUAGGCGCAUUGAGCGAGAUGAAUUUGGAGUAUUAUGCUAUUGAUAGACAGGGUUUUGUUACUGAUAACGAAAUGGCAAUGGAGGAGCUCUUUGGAAAUGAUGAGAAUCAUCGAAAAGCUGACGCAUGUUUAAAUAUAAUGGCCGCUCGAGCUGCAACAACAUUCGCUUCCAUGAGGGAGUUUCCUUUUGUUCGCUAUCGUGCUGCCAAAUCUCUUGAUACCAACACAAUGACUACCUAUCGUGAUCUAAUUCCUACGAAGCUAGCUGCUGGAAUCUGGAAUCAUCUAACAAAAUAUAAGACCAGCAUUGCUAACUUCCCCCAGACAGAAACUUGUGAUUUGCUCGUUCUAGACCGAUCUGUUGAUCAGAUUGCUCCUGUGAUACAUGAGUGGACUUAUGAUGCCAUGUGCCACGAUCUUCUAGGUUUGGAAGGAAACAAGUAUGUCUAUGAGGUUCCAAGCAAAACUGGAGGGCCUCCGGAGAAAAAAGAGGUCCUUCUGGAGGAGCAUGAUCCUAUCUGGUCUGAGCUUAGACAUCUACAUAUAGCUGAUGCUAGUGAACGGUUACACGAAAAGAUGACAAAUUUCGUGUCAAAGAAUAAAGCUGCACAAAUCCAUCACAGUUCAAGAGAAAGUGGUGAAUUGUCAACACGUGAGCUGCAAAGGAUGGUUCAAUCUUUGCCACAAUAUAGUGAACAAAUUGACAAGCUUUCUCUACAUGUUGAGAUUGCUGGAAAAAUAAACCGUAUUAUUAGAGAGCAAAAUCUUAGAGAUGUUGGCAAACUAGAACAGGAGCUUGUCUUCGGUGAUGCUGGAACUAAAGACGUCAUCAGAUUUUUAAGCAUGAAUAAGGAUUUGAGCCGUGAAAGUAAGUUACGCUUAUUGAUGGUAUAUGCGGCUGUAUAUCCUGAGAAAUUUGAGGGUGACAAAGCUUCACAGUUGAUGCAGCUGGCAGGGUUAUCAUCAGAUGACACAAAUGCAGUUUAUAACAUGAAAUUGCUUGGCACACCCCCUGAAACAAAGAAAAGCUCUCUUGGAGCUUUUGCAUUGAAGUUUGAUAAUAAGAAAAAGCAUGGAGUCAGAAAGGAGCGUGUUGGAGAAGAAACAGCAUGGCAAUUAUCUCGAUUUUACCCAAUGGUUGAGGAACUUGUUGAAAAACUUAGUAAAGGUGAGCUUCCUAAGAAUGAAUACCCGUGUAUGAAUGACCCAAGUCCUACAUUUCAUGGAGCUACACAUCCUGCUGCAAUACAGUAUACCGAGACCCCAGUUGCACAUUCUAUGAGGUCUAGGCGUACUCCAACGUGGGCUUCUCGACCUCGUAAUUCUGAUGAUGGGUAUUCCAGUGAUUCAGUUCUCAGACACGCCUCAAGUGAUUUUAAGAAGAUGAACAAGCGACUCUUCGUAUUUAUUGUGGGUGGUGCUACUAGAUCGGAGCUGCGAGCUUGUCACAAGCUUACGACAAAAUUGAACAGGGAAGUCAUUUUGGGUUCCUCUAGUAUUGAUGAUCCUCCACAAUUUAUCACGAAACUGAAGCUGCUAUCAACUGAACUUUCAUUGGACGACCUCGAGAUAUAGAUGUCUAGCCUGAAGUUGCUGAUCCUGAUCAUUCAUUCUUUUCCGAAUGUGUAAAUUGUAUUCUACAAAGUUCUUGACAAUGCAUCGUACAUUAUGUGCACUUAUCUAGGAUUAUAUUUUUCACACUCUAGCAAAUGUACCUGUAACAUAACCAUUGAAUAGGAAAAAACAUGCUUUUGAUUCCAGAAGAAUUGCAGCAGUCUCGCUGUUUCUUGUGUGGGUCAAGCUAAUCUCUGUCAAUAAUUUUGUAUUCCUGAAAUCUUGAUUGAUCAAUUCAAUUUUUGUUACUUCAA